AAGUUAAUUAUAUUUAAUUGAGAUAAUUAGAUUGUUACAUGAUACGAAACAUUAUAAAGAUAUAUUUUUAAAAUUUUAUCUUGGUAAUUAUCAAAAAAGCGGAAAUAAAAUAGUUUAGAUUUUCUAUAAUGUAUCAAUGCCUGUAAAUAAUCAAUUAAUCAAUCAAUAAAUCAAAGCCUGGUAAUAAUUUUUACCUAAAUUAUAAAUUUCUUUAUAUGCAGUUAUGAAAGCGUCGAAACUUUGCACUUAAGGCCUUUUCUCAAUGAGAAAUUUAUGAUUCACGUUUAGUUGUAUGGUAUUAACAUCUGAAAAAUGUAUACCUCAGAUCUUACAGCCAUUUUUAACAUGGCAAGUUGUUCGGUGUUAAAUGCAAUUUGUUUGUGAUUUGAUUUUAUUUAGUAUACUAAUAGUAUACUAAUACUACUUUUUUUAUUAUAUAAAGAUUUACAGCUUUCUAGUUAUGAAGAGGGUAACACUUUUUGUCAAUGGCACCGAUGUUUCAAAUGGCAAGGUAUUUAUAGUAAACAGUUCAUUAGAUGAAUUGCUAACAGCAGCUGGUUCAAAAUUUAACAUUACUGCUAAAAGAAUAUUUAAUGUUCAGGGUGGAGAAAUCGAUGAUAUCAAUAUAGUUCGGGAUGACGAUGUUUUAUAUGUUUCAUGUGGAGAAGAUUUUAUUCCAAAGGAUAAGCCUUGUACUCGAAGUCAGAUAAAUCAGAAUUCGGUUAAUUCAGAAUGGAUUACACUGAAUGUUGGUGGAAAGUAUUUCACAACAACCAGAGAUACUUUAACAAAAAAGGAACCAACGUGUAUGUUGGCCAGAAUGUUUACAGAUGCUACAGACACAGAACAAAGAAUCUUACCUAGUCGACAAGACAAAAAUGGUGCAUUUUUAAUUGAUAGGAGUCCCACGUACUUUGAACCAUUGUUGAAUUAUUUAAGACAUGGACAGAUAAUACUUGAUGCCAAUGUGAAUGCAGCAGGUGUUUUGGCAGAAGCACGUUUCUAUGGAAUAGAAGGUGCCAUUGAUAUAUUGACUGCAAUGGCAGAUGAAAAAGAACUUCAGAGGAGUGGUUUGGUAUCCUUUACUCGUAAAGAUGUACUUAAAGCAAUUAUGUCAACACCUACAACUUCAGAACUUAGAUUUCAAGGUGUUAAUUUUGUUGGUGCUGACUUAUCAAAGUUAGAUCUCAGGAAUAUAAAUUUUAAGUAUGCAAUUAUGCGUGGCUGUAGUUUAGCAGGUUCGAAUUUAUCUGGCUGUUGUUUUGAACGAGCAGAUUUGUCUUAUGCAAAUUUACAAGGUGCACAGUUAAUUCGCGUAAGAAUGCUGUGCGCGAAUUUAGCCGCUGCCGAUUUACAUUCGUGUAAUUUUGAAGACCCUUUAGGUGUACCCGCUAAUAUGGAAGGUGUAAAUCUUAAAGGUGCCAAUCUUGAAGGCAGUAUCAUGGCUGCCGUAAAUCUUAGGGUGGCAACGUUAAAAAAUGCUAUUUUAAGAAACUGUAUUCUUAGAUCAGCUAUAUUAGCUGGUGCUGAUUUAGAGUGCUGUGACUUAUCGGGAUCUGAUUUACAUGACGCGAAUUUAAGAGGCGCAAAUUUCAAGGAUGCUGCAUUCGAUUUGAUGUUAACGCCAUUACACAUGUCUCAAACGAUACGAUAAAUGUGGUUUAGGUUCUGUGAUGUAAAUAUUAUAUUUAUUUAUUUCGUAGAAUGAUUUCAGUAAUAUCAUUUUUAUAGAUGUACGAUGCAUUUAAUUAUUGUCACGCAAAAUUAUUGUUGCAUCAUAAAUCUACGGCCUACCACUGCAAUCGACGGUUUAACGGAUUCAUGAUUUCUAUCUAUAAUCUUUGAGUGAGAAUAUUUACUUUUUUGUAAGUUAAGGAUAUUAAGGUGGAUGAGGAUUUUAAUUUCGAAAAUUAAUGAGGGGCAUUUCCGUCGAUUAAUUGAUUAAUUGAUCAUAUAAAUUAUUUAUAGUAUUUUAUCUAAAUAAAAUACUAUAAAUUAUUUAUAGUAUUUUAUCUAAAUAAAAUACAAAAUAUAUUUAUUUUUGUUCAUUGUAUAAUAGAGUCAUAAAAAACACAUUUAUUCUUUUUACAUUCUCAGCAAAUAUUAUAAAGUAACAUGUUUGUUUUACAUAUUAGUAUAUAAAUUUUGAAGAAAUUAUAUUUUUUUUAAACAUACAAAAAGAGUAAUAUAUAUGUAUAUAUCUGUAUAUAAGUAGCCACAAACGCACUUAAUAGAUUUUAAUAAUUUAAAUGGAAGCAAUAUGAGGUAGUUCUCUUUAUAAUUAAAAACUAUAAAUAUGGUACAAUUUUUGUGUUAAAUUAUUAAUAUUGAUAUAAAUACUGAUACAGAAAUGUUUCUGCAAAACAAAUGUAACAGAUACAUCAAAUUAUCAUUUUAAUAUAUAAUAUUCAAAAUAAUUAUUUCUGUUGAUUUUUAAAAAUAAAUUAAUAUUGAUAUACAUAUCUAAGAUAAAUUUUUAGCAAAAGCCAAUCAGUAGGUUGAAUGUUUCAGUAAAUGCUUGUAUAUGACGUGGGUGUGACGUUGUAUUAGAAGUGUGGACUAUUACAUUUGCUACGUUACACAUUGAGCUCGGAAGUGUACUUUAAAUGAACGUAUCCCGAUAUAACGAUAGGGUUUUACAGCGUAUAAUACAAUAUAUUUUGUAGAUAUCAGAUUGUGACUUCCAAAUAGAAAUAUUUCAUACUGUAGAGUCUCUGUAGGAUAAUAAAUUAAUUUCCUUGUAAAUUUCUAUAAAAAAAUAAUAAUCGUGGUAGGUAUGGUUAUUAAAAAUAUACAGAUAGAUCUUUAAAAAAGAUAUUUAUAAUUUACAUAAAAAUUAGAAUUAUAAUAUAUUUAUUGAGUACAUUUUUCCAUGGGAUUGCAGGAGCUUUAUUUUAGUAUAUGUUUGAUAUUUUUGCAAUGUUUUUUGUAAGAAAUAUUUUUUUAGAAAGAUUUUUUAACAAAAUAUUUUUUUUCACAACGUAGAGUUUUCUUUUUAAUUGAUAAUAGUGGUAGCACAUAUGUGUAUUAAGAAAAGGUUCUCUCUUCAUUCUUUUAUACAUGUUUUUAUGUAGGUGAUUAUUAAAACAUUGUCAAGAAUAAUAUGAUUGAUACUGAAUUAAACUGCUUCUUCAAUUUAAUUAGGAAUUCUACAGUUCCCUUUCAUACAUCAUUUUUUUUCUUUUUAUUAAGAAAAUCUUUCUCUCAAAUAUUUCAUUCUUUUUUUCUAUUUCUUUCUUCAUUUAGGAGCUUCUUAUUUUUUGGCAGAUUUUUAUUUUCUGACAUUUCUUUUUGACUAAUUAUUUCGAUACAGGAUAUGAA